CCAUCUCCUCUCCUUCUAUCAUCACUACUCCUCUUAUCUCCUCCUCUUCUUCUUCCACUACUACUCCUACUUCUUUCUUCACUAUCACCACUUCCUCUUUUUUUUCCUCGUCGUCGUCUUCUGCAAUCAACACCAUAGAUGCACCGCAUACUCAAAACCCUCCUGACGAAGAACUACAAUCGCCACCACCAUCACCACCACCAGAAGACCCACAAGAAAUAUCUGAAGGGGCUCCUGAGAUCGUGAGGAGCUUCGUUGACGCCGCCAGGAAUAUGCAAGGAAGGAUCAUUGCUUUCCCCCGCCAUGCUGAAGAAGGCACAGGAGAGAUAAAAGAGGACUUGGAGGAUAACCUGACGAUGAUAAGAGCGAGUCACAGAGUUGUUAAUACUAAGAGAGUUUUUAGGUUAACUGUGCCUUUUCGAGAGAGUACUGCUGUUGUUGUUACUCCUUCUACUACAAUUGCUACUGUGACUCCUAAUGCUGUUAAUAUUAUUGCCCCUGCUACUGUUACUGCAACUCCUUUUUCUUCUAUAAUUGUUAAUCAUUCUACUACUACUACUACUACUACUACUACUACUACUACUACUACUACUACUACUACUACUACUGCUGCUGCUGCUGCUGCUAUUACUACUACUACUACGCCCUCUGAUAAUGAAGACACACAGGAGCAGACGCAGAAAGCAAGGACGAGCACCAUCAGUAGCAGUAAACCUCCAUACAUCCUCAGACACCCACAUUCUCCUCCGCCACGCAAAGUAGUACCAACAAGUUCAGCUCCUGUCAUCCCUCUUUGCUGUCCUGGCCUUGAAGCGAAGAAUUCCUGCCCUUCAAGCAACCAGACCCUCCCUUCCACUCUUCCUGUCGCCUCCAGUCACUGUUCAAGCACUGAGACGCGGCCAGUCACCUACAACAAGACGUCAAUCAACUGUCCAUCCAAGUUUAUCAGAAAAACGGAUUUGGCGGAAGAGCGGAAGAUCGUGUACGUCAAUGGCACUUUUUAUUUCUCCUGGAAUCACGUUUUAGUCGAUGAUUUUUGCGUCUUGGGUGAAAGAAGACGGAGCGGAGGUGUGGAGGUGGCGGUGUGUCUCCGUCCUUCACUGGCGACGCAGCGUGAUGGUGAAGGUUGUCGAGGCGUGAAGAGCUGCCUGAGGAAGUGCUGUCCGGAGGGUUUUCUGCUGCAGGGGACCACGUGUGUGUGUCAGGUCUCCCUCACUAACGCUACCUCGGUGAUUAGUGGUUUCCUCGACUUCUGGGAUGAGCAGAAGAGCGUGGCUGGCGAGGAUAGUAUGGAAGUGGGAGUCGGCUUUCCUAAGUGCGUCGCCUCGAAGAAUGUUAAAAUAGAUCCGUUGUCGAUGAGAAGUGACUUAGCUCUCCUCGCUAAUGGCUCUCUGUGGGCUGAGGCUGAGAUGUCGCUUAUUGAUUACUGCGUGGACGAAGAGGAGGAAGAGAAGGAGAAGGAUAAAGUCAGCGAAGAAGAGUGGAGUGAUGAAAUGUUACCAGAUCGAACCCUCGUCCUGAUUACCUGCAGUAACGGCCCACCUGUCGCUAACACUUCCUCCUCAUCAGCGUGGCAGGAGGUGAGAAAAGUACUGAUUCCUGCUGGUCUGGUGGUGUCCUGCGUGUUCCUGGCGGCGACUCUCCUCUGUCAGCUUUGCGUGGCGCCUCUCAGGGAUCGCCACGGUCUCUGCCUCGCCGCCUACGUUGCUGCACUUCUGGUGGCUGACGCGACGCUCUUCCUGACGCAGGCCUUCUCGAAGUACCUCUCUCCGGCCAUCUGUGUGUUUGUUGCCGUCACCCUGCAUGUGGCUUUCCUGUCCACGUUCUUCUGGCUCAACGUGAUUUGUUACGAUGUGUGGCGCUACGUAGGACUGACCGUUCAAGCCGUUCCUCUCUACCGCUCCCCCGCUGACUUUCGCUGCUUCGUCGCCUACGCCGUGUACGCCUGGGGGACUCCUCUGCUCAUCGGGGGCGUGGCCGUGGUGAUGCACUCCCUACCAGAACACGUGGAUUGGCUCCUCCGACCUGACUUCGUACACAACUCCUGCUGGUUCAGAGACGGCAAGGAGAUUCUGGCUUACUUCUACGGGCCAAUGGGAGUUCUGUGCCUCGCCAACACAAUCUUCAUUACCCAAACUGGCUUGAGACUCUACUGCGCCACCGACAAGAAGUGUGACUGUCUCCCCGCCUCCUGCUGCCGCAACGCUGACCACACACUCUACCGAUCCUACAUGACAGAGUUCUGGCAGCGGUUCACUCUCUUCUCUCUCAUGGUGGGCUGCUGGGUGAUGGAGGUUGUGUCCUGGAUGGUCGGGCCUGCAGACUCCGAGCUGUGGGCUCUCACGGACACCCUCAACACCUUCCAGGGCGUAUUCAUCUUCAUCACCUUCCUCAGAAGCAGCAAGAAGCGACGUCUGCUGCAGGAGGCGCUGACGAAGUGGUCUGACGAAGUAGCAGGAGGCGGCGGCUGUGACCCAAACCUCUCCUCGUCUUGCUUCCCAUCUGCCGUAAGCCCUAACCGAGUGCUUGAGCAUCUGAGGCAUUCCAGGCAAUCCAAUGCCUUCGGCAGGUGGCUAUCCAGGGUUCGUGGAAGACGUUCUCGCAUCCACACUCCGCAGGUUCUAGAUAACAUCAUAUUCAGAGGGAAAAUGGGAGUUUAUAAUGAAGGCUUCGAGGAGGACGGGGUGGAGGUGGAGGCGGAGGACGGAGGGAAGAGGAGUGUGUGUGGCGGGGACUCUGUCAACAGGAGCUUCAAUCCGAUGUGGACAGCGCCACACUGGAGGGCCCGCUGGGGCAGAGCUUACUUCCCUGGAGCUCCGCAGCGAUCCAAGGACAGUGCAGGAGAAGGAUCGGGUCACCAAGGACUCCCAGGGGUGAUAAAGGACUCUGGAUCAGUGUCCUCAGCGACAUCAGUCUUCUAUAUCUCCUCGUCUUCCUCCUCUCCUUCCUCCUCCUCCCCGCCCUUCACCAACUGGAGCUUCCUUCGCCACAAGUCCGGCUCCCUGACUCUCGGGGCGGGGCAGCGCAGGGGCGGCGCAGCUACAGGCGUGGUGUGCCAAGGCCUCACCAGGACUGACCCGGGGCUGCCCUGAUUUCUCCUGAGGUAUCAUGCACGCACACACACACACAUACACACACACACACACACACACACACACACACACACACACACACACACACACACACACACACACACACACACACACACACACACACACACACACAAUAAUUCAAUCAGUCAAAAUUAGUAACGUGUAAAGGUGGAGGUCUCUCUCUCUCUCUCUCUCUCUCUCUCUCUCUCUCUCUCUCUCUCUCUCUCUCUCUC